AUGGAUCCGGAGGUGAACGAGGUGGAUUUGUUUGACGAACACAUUGACAUGAUAUUUACUGCUUCUGAUGCUGAAAAGAACAAAGGACGAAAGACUACUGAGUUUUGGAAUAUUGAUCUCAUUGAUUCUGAAGGAAUAGUCAAGCAUGCUAAAAUAAGUGUAAGGGAGGCUAUAGAGCGGUCUCUUAAUAGUAGCAAGAUCAUAUUGAGGUUCAACGAGGAACUGCAAGUAGUCGGAGAUGGAACUGGCCUGUUAAGUGGCAUCCUAGAAGCGUUGGAUUCUGAUUAUAGCAAAUUUUCUAUCUGUGAGAAGAGUUGGGCAAAGGUGCAGGGCAAAGACAUGGUUUAUGAUGAUUGCAUAAAGAAUCUUAACAACCGCCCGGAGAAAAUUUCUAGAGAGCAUUGGAGGUGCUUCAUUGAUUAUCAUAAUAAUCCUGCCACAAAGGAGAAGUACAAGCAAAACGCGUUGAAUCAAAAGAAGCAACUUUACACGCACACUGGCAGUUCUAAAAGCUUGGCUAGGGUAAGAGAAGAAGAGUCACAAAAACAAGGGAGGAGAGUUGGUAGAGGAGAAGUAUGGAUCCUAAAGCACAAAAAAUGUGAUGGCACCUACAUACAUGAAGAAGCGCAGAGUAUCGAUCUAGAUGAAACUACGAGAAUAUUGUCUGAAAAUGAUUCCCUUGCCCAAGCUCUCGGUAAAGAGCGUUCGGGUAGAGUGCGUGGCAUAGGUUUCGGGCCGAUACCAAGUCAACUCUUUUAUCUGAGUGCGCAGCCGCUGAUGGAUAGAGCUCAAACAGAAGAUGCCCAAAGGAUGCUGUUUGAACUACAGGCGGAGGUGACGGUCGAGAAAUUGAGUAGGAAGGCAGUGGAGGAUGAACUAGCAGCGAAAAAAUUGAAAAGGAAGGUAAUGGAGGAUGAAAUAGCAGCAGAAAAAAUGAAGAGACAGUGUAAACGAAAUAUGACACGUCAACUGAAACGUGUCUAUCUGGUUUACAGUGUAAACGAGAUAUAUGGAAUAGAGUCGCAGCAGCUAUAA